AUGUCCUUGAGCCCAAAGCACUCAACUCCUUUCUCAGUGACAGAUAUUUUAAGCCCGAUCGAGGAGACCUACAGAAAGUUUGGAGGAAUGGACUGUACAGGGAGCCUCGCGUCUCCGCUGGGAGCAUAUCGACAGACUUCGGUGUCUCAACCGGGACUGCAGCAGCACUCCAUGGGCCAUAACACCGGGGUGGCGAGCGCUUAUCACAUGCCACACAGCGUCUCCCAAUUUUCCAGCGCCAUGGGUGGAUACUGCAACGGCAGCAUCGGUAAUAUGGGAGACCUCCCGUCGUACCAAGACACCAUGAGGAACGGCGCAGCAGCAACUGCAUGGUAUAGCGCAAACACCGAACCCCGCUAUCCAACAAUUUCUAGAUUCAUGGGGGCUUCCAAUGGGAUGAACAUGACCGGGAUGGGGACGCUUGCUGGGAUGGACGCCACCAAGUCCAUGGUGACCCUACACUCAGCGCCCAGGAGAAAACGAAGAGUGCUCUUCUCUCAGGCCCAGGUGUACGAGCUGGAGAGGCGGUUUAAGCAGCAGAAAUACCUGUCAGCACCAGAGAGGGAACACCUAGCGAGCAUGAUCCACCUGUCACCAACACAGGUCAAGAUUUGGUUCCAGAACCACCGGUACAAAAUGAAACGCCAGGCGAAGGACAAAGCCACACUGCAGAUUCAACAGGAGAAUGGCAAUGUGUGCCCACAGCAGUCACCGAGGCGUGUGGCAGUCCCGGUUCUCGUGAAGGAUGGCAAGCCCAGUCAGAACGGAUCCAGCACACCGACGUCUGGGCAUCAGCAGGUGCAGCAGCAGGACGUCUCUAGUGGAGCGAUGACAGCUUCGGGCAGUGCGGUGGUCAAUCACCAUCAAAAUCAGCUGGUGCAUCAUCCAUUAUCCACUGCUGAAGAACUGGAGGAAAUGUCCCCCAGUCCCCCUAUUUUACACAGCCAGAUUAACAUGGCUCAGACAGAAGCGGCUCUCCUCGAGUACACCAAUAACAUGGUCAGUUCAAACCUGCUUUAUGGCAGAACUUGGUAG